UUUCAAACAAAACUGCAUGGGCUUUUGCUACAAAAACAAGCUCAAUUUCGCAUUUGGUAUUGCCGUCACUUUUACAAUUCAUUCCCUCUUUUUUCUCUUCAUAUUCAGCAUCGUCCUUCUUUUCUCUCUCCGGCCAUGGCAGUCGCCUGCCCCAUCUGCAACAAGCCCGUCAAAUCAACAGACAUCAACGACCAUCUCGAUUCCGGCUGCACCAGCUUCAUCUUCGACAGCUCCUCAACUCCUCCUCUCUCAACCGCAACCCCUCAGAAUGGCGCCUCGACCGCCCCUCCACUAUCACAACCCCCGAAGCGCACUGCUUCAAGUUUCUUCUCAACCCCCACACCUAAGCGGCAGAUAACCGAUCUCAAAUCCCAGGCGCCACUGUCCAACAUGGUGUUUCCGCCGCUGGCCGGCAAGAAGAGGUCACAUGGGGACGGGCCUGGGGAGGGACAGCCGCAGGAAGACAGACAUAUGGAGGACAGGCAGAUGGAAGAUGUAGCGGCGGUCAACGGCCACAGCCACGGCGCAGACGAAGACGGACGGGUAAUCAAAAAGACAAAGACGUCUCGCGCGGCUCCUCUCGCCGAGAGAAUGCGGCCCAAGACGCUGGACGAGGUGUGCGGCCAAGACCUCGUCGGGCCUGAAGGCGUCCUGCGAUCCCUCAUCGAGUCGAACCGCGUGCCGUCCAUGAUUCUCUGGGGAGCGUCUGGUACGGGCAAAACCACCAUUGCUAGAUGUAUCGCCCAAAUGGUCGGCACCCGCUUCAUCGAGCUCAACGCCACCAGCUCAGGCGUACAGGAGUGCAAAAAGCUCUUCCUGGAAGCCGCCAACGAACUACAGCUUACGGGCCGCAAGACAAUCAUCUUCUGCGAUGAGAUCCACCGCUUCAACAAGGCCCAGCAGGACAUUUUCCUGCGCCCCGUCGAAGCUGGCACCAUCACCCUGAUUGGCGCCACUACAGAGAAUCCUUCGUUUAAAGUCGCCAAUGCGCUGCUUUCACGAUGCCGCACAUUUACGUUGCAGUCGCUCAGCACGGAGGACGUUGUGGCUAUCCUGAGGAGGGCUCGCCAGGCCGAGGAGUCGGUCUACCCCCCUUCGCCUCUUAUUGACGAUGAGAUGAUGGGCUACUUGGCACGCUUCAGUGACGGAGACGCUCGAACAGCACUCAAUCUUCUCGAAUUGGCUCUAUCUCUCACCCUCCGCGAUGGCAUGACCAAGGAGGUCAUGAAGCAGUCCCUCACCAAGACGCUCGUCUACGACCGCGCUGGCGACCAGCAUUACGACACCAUAUCCGCCUUCCACAAGUCAGUCCGAGGGAACGACCCAGACGCUGCGCUGUACUAUCUCGCCCGCAUGCUCCAAUCUGGCGAGGACCCCCUCUUCAUUGCCCGCCGCAUGGUUGUCAUCGCUUCUGAGGACGUCGGCCUGGCAGACAACACCCUGCUGACCCUCGCAACGUCCACAUACACGGCAACGCAGCAGAUAGGACUACCCGAGGCCCGCAUUCCCCUGGCGCACUGCGCCGUUGCACUCUGUCUUGCGCCCAAGAGCACUCGCGCAUACCGCGGGCUUAACAAUGCCUUUGCGGCCCUUCGCGAGCCGGGCGUGGCUAGCUUACCCGUGCCGCUGCACCUAAGAAACGCUCCGACGAGGUUGAUGAAAGAUUUGGGCUGCGGCGCGGAGUACAAGUAUCCGCCUAAUUACAAGGACGGCAAAGUCAAGCAAAAAUAUCUCCCGGAGGAGCUCACCGGCCGCAGGUUUCUGGAGGGGAGAGAUUUGGGGACGGAAGUUGAUCCUGAUUAUGAGGAGGCAGAGGAAAGCAUGAUUCUAUGAUAUACCCCCAUCUCAUUGGAAAGGCAUUGAAAACUGGGAGGGGGGGAAAACAAAAGGGAUUUGGAUUACGGGGUUUCGAGUUUUGAGUCAGGAAACUUGGCCUCGUUGGAUUGUAUUUCUACGGCAGAACGAGAUGAUGACCAGUUUGGGGCGGUUGGAUACUGUUUUGUGUAUACCACAGCGUCUCUCUCCACGAAAGGAGUUUUUUUUGUACAUGAUACCACCGAUGACGGCAUGCAUGGAUAGACAGCGUUGUUAAUUACUGGAGGGAAAAAGGGAGGGUAUAUGGCAUCAUAGGAUAUUUACAAGCAAUGCAUAUAUAUACAUAUACGCAUAUACAAAUUCACACAUCAUCAUCAC